AUGGAAACCGACACGACACAAUGUUUUAAGUGUAAAAAAUAUAAAAAAAUUACUUAUCUUUGCAAAGGUUGCUCAAAUGAAUUUUGUCAAACUGAUUUGAUUGAACAUCGACAGUUAUUGAAUGAAGAAUUAGAUGUUAUCAUCAAUGAUUAUGAUCAAUUUCGGCAAACUAUUAAUCAACAUGAGCGAAACUCUCCAAGUAACUCAUCAUUGAUGCGACAAAUUAAUGAAUGGGAAAGAAAAUCGAUGCAGAAAAUCCAACAGAUGGCAGAUACUUGUCGAAAAACUGUCCUUGAGGAGACAAAAACAUUUAUUCAUACUAUUGGAAAAAACUUCAGUCAAUUGGGCGACCAGAUCAAAGAAAUGCGGAAAGAAGAAGAAUUCAACGAAAUCGAUUUGAAUGAAUUGAGACGAAAAUUGAAAGCAAUGACAGACGAAUUGAACAAUCCAUCCACCAUUUCUCUCCAAGAAGACUCACAGCCGUUUAUCACUCAGAUUUCCGUCUUUGUAUCAAAAAAUAGAUUACAAUCAUCAGCAAAUCGUCGCUCAAUUUCAAACAUUCAAAGAUCGUUGAUCGAACAAACGGGUUCAAAAUUUCGAGCAACUGGCACGGUUGUUGCUGGUGGAAACGGAUGUGGAAAUCAACUAAAUCAACUCAACCGUCCAAUAGGGAUCAGUAUUGACAGCAAGAAAAAUAUAUUUAUUGCUGACUGCGGCAAUAACCGUAUCGUUGAGUGGAAAUGUUAUACAAACGUAGGGGAGAUCAUUGCAGGCAGAAAUGGAUACGGAAAUGGAACAGAUCAAUUAAAUAGCCCAUCAGAUGUGAUUAUCAAUGAAGAGAGUCGUUCGAUUAUUAUCGCUGACCGAGGAAAUAAUCGAGUGAUUCGAUCGUCCUUAGAUAGAGAUAAAGAACGGGUUCUCAUUGUCAAUAUUGAUUGUUAUAGCAUAGCAAUGUAUAAACAUCAAUCGCUAUAUGUUUCCGAUUGGAAUAAGAAUGAUGUGACGAGAUGGAAAACUGGAGAAAAUCACUAUAAAUCAAUCACAAGCAGAGGUGAACUAAGAAGGGAAAUCAGUCAACUGAAUGGUCCUUCGUUUGUCUUUGUUGACGAAGAUGAAUCUGUUUACGUAUCAGAUAUACAAAAUCAUCGUGUGAUGAAAUGGAACAAGAAUGCUCGCGAAGGAAUUGUUGUAGCUGGUGGUAAUGGUAAUGGAAUCAAUUUGAAUCAAUUGUCCUAUCCUCGAGGAUUGUAUAUUAGCUCAUGUGGUGAAAUCUAUGUCGCAGACUACGGAAACAAUAGAGUAAUGCGGUGGCGAGAAGGUGAUUUAAGAGGUGAAGUUGUUGUUGGUGGUAAUGGAGAAGGAAAUAAAUUAAAUCAACUUUUUAAACCGGAAGGUUUAGCAUUCGAUUUAGAUGGUAAUUUGUACGUUGCCGAUCGUGAUAAUCACCGAAUAAUGCGAUUCGAUAAAAUUUUUUGA